GGCUGAAUAUUUCUCCACGUGUCAUGAAAUCAAAGAUUCGAUCACCAACGUCUGAGCUUAAGCAUCCGCCACGUGAAACGUCUCUCAACGACGGUGGCCGUUAAAUCUGACGGCGUCACAUGUCGGUUUCCUAUUGAAAUGUUUGUGUUCGCCUUUAUUUCCUUUGUCCCCAAUGCAUGCGCUUUGCCCUAGCUAAGUAACGAACGUGUUUACUUCGGAACCGAACCAACCAACGUCCCAACCAACGUCUCAGAUCUCAACUACUAUAUCAACGGACGAGAUUGAGUUUCAAAAUACUCUUAAAGGCUAAACUACUUUGUUCUGUGUCGUUCAAUCAAAUCGGAAAGUUAAUAAUAUCUCUCUGAAAUCGAAAUCGGAGAAGAUGACGGAGGAGCACAAACACGAAGAAACCGUGACGGCUUCGGAGCCUGCGGUGGAGAUUGUGGAGAGGGAAUCGUUGAUGGAUAAGAUAUCGGAGAAGAUCCACCACGGCGGCGGCGAUUCGUCGUCGUCUUCUUCAUCCUCAGACGACGAGAAGGAGAAGAAGGAGAAGCCGUCUUCUCCGUCAUCAAUGAAAUCGAAAGUUUACCGCUUGUUCGGAAGGGAGAAGCCCGUUCACAAAGUUCUCGGCGGUGGAAAACCUGCUGAUAUAUUCAUGUGGAAGGACAAGAAGAUGUCUGGUGGUGUUCUCGGUGGUGCUACAGCUGCCUGGGUUCUGUUUGAGUUGAUGGAGUAUCACCUCCUCACUUUGCUUUGCCAUGUGAUGAUUGUUGUUCUUGCAGUUCUGUUUCUCUGGUCUAAUGCCACCAUGUUCAUUCACAAGUCACCACCAAAGAUUCCUGAAGUUCAUAUCCCUGAAGAGCCUGUUCUUCAGCUUGCGUCUGGGCUUAGGAUAGAGAUCAACCGUGGGUUCCAUUCCCUUCGUGAGAUUGCAUCUGGAAGGGAUCUCAAGAAGUUCAUCUCUGCAGUUGCCGGCUUGUGGGUUCUUUCUAUCUUAGGCGGCUGGUUCAACUUCUUGACAUUGGCAUACAUAGCUCUUGUGCUGCUCUUCACGGUGCCUCUUGUCUACGACAAGUACGAAGACAAAGUCGACCCAUUAGGUGAGAAGGCAAUGAUCGAGAUCAAGAAGCAGUACGCAGUGUUGGACGAGAAGGUGUUGAGCAAGAUCCCAUUGGGCCCGUUGAAGAACAAGAAGAGAGAUUAGUAGGUUCUACGAAAUGGUAAUACGUCGAUAGCAAAAAAAAAAGGGUGUUUUGUAAUGGUGUCAGAAUCUCUGUGUUACAUCCCUUUAGUAUGUUAUUUUGGUUCUAGUGGAUUUGUUGUAAGAAGCUUUAGACCUUUUUAACAGUAUCUUACUACCUCUUCACUCAA